ACAUUGUUUAUUUAUUAAAUAUGACAUUACACAUUGAUUUUUAAAUCAGAACUCACAAAAAUUACUUGGAAAAAAUCUUUUUUUUUCACUAUUAUUGAAUUGCGGGAUACUCAAAGCUAAUAAAAUGGACAAGAGUGAGAGGCCAACGACUCCUCAGCCUCCGCCUGAACAACAGACAACAGCGGAUGCAUCCUCCACCGCAACAAACCAACAAUCAUCUGCGCAACCUCAAUGUAAGAGAUCCCGUCCAGAUCUUAGUUCACUGCCCACACGCCAAUAUCUAGAUCAAACUGUCGCGCCUAUUUUAUUACAUGGUUUACAGACACUAGCACGAGAGAGACCGCCGGAUCCAAUAAGUUUUUUGGCGGCAUAUUUACUUAAAAACAAAAAUCGUUGCGAGGAAUCGAUUCCGGAAAAUGUUUAAGUGGAAUCUUCUAAUAGUUUUUUGUUCGGAUAAUAAUAAAAAUUUAAUAUGAAAUUUCAUGUUUUAUA